AUGCCUGAUCUCACAGGGCAGGUCAUGAUUGUAACAGGAGGGAACGCGGGUCUGGGCAAGGAGACCGUGAGGGUUCUCCUGGAACACAACGCGAAAGUGUACAUCGGGGCGAGAGAUGAGAAGAAGGCGCGAGCAGCUAUCGAGGAGCUAAGGGAGCAGACGGGGAAUGAGGCGUUCUUCCUGGAGCUCAAUCUUGCCAACCUCGCAUCUGUCCGGAAAAGCGCGGAGGAGUUUCUCAGUAAGGAGAAGGAGCUACACGUCCUGUUCAACAACGCUGGCGUGACUUGUAUGCCUCUCGACUGGGUCACUGACGACGGCUAUGACAUGACGUUCGGGACGAACGUGGUCGGUGAGUCCGUCUUUGAUUGCCUCUGGCGCACGGCGUUCAACCUUCGCUGCAGGGCCUUUCCUCUUCACAAAGCUCCUGCUCCCCACUAUCCUGGCAAGCAGAGCACCACGCACGAUAAGCACCCACGCGUUAUCUGGCUGUCGUCUCUUGCGGCGUAUAUAUCACCUCUGUGUUGGGAUACAUUCAAGGACGGCCCCGCGCGGCGGAAAGCGGGCACGCACUCGACGUAUCAGCAAAGCAAGCUGGCAAAUGUUAUUUUAGCUCGUCAGUGCGCGAAGCGCUUCGGACAUCAGAGCCUCGUCUCGUUAUCUGUGAACCCCGGCACUGUGCAGACAGACAUCAUGAAGCAUGCCACGGACAAGGACAAGAAGGUCUCGUCGCUAUUGUACAACUUUUGGCCAGUUGAGACGGGCGUGCUGACUUCACUCUGGGCCGGGACGAUGCCCGAGCCCAUCAAGCACAACGGCGAGUUCGUAGUGCCGUGGGGGAGGAUAAGCGAUCCAUGCAGGCCCGAGGCGUACGAUGACAAGAUCGGCAACAGGCUUUGGGACUGGCUCGAGCUGGAAGUGGAGCCAUUCACGAAAUAG